UGCGAAGGGCGCCUGGUCACGCGCGCAGCCAGGUCCACCAAUCAGAUGGCGGCAAGCCGUAAAGCACGCCUGCGCGCCCUCUCGUGUGGCGCGCUUUAGCAGUAUUGUUGUUGUCUUGGAAGGAGUCCACAAGUUUAUGAUAAACUCAUAACUCGACUGAACUUUGGGGAAUUCUCUUCUAUACACUUUCGCUUUACAGUGGAUGUCGACGAGCUCGAAAGCGACGCUGGAACUGAGCAGGUCGAGUUGACGAAAGCUUCGACCACUGUAAGGGAAAGUAGUGGUUAGACGCCCCCCGUGGGCUUUAAAGUUGUGCUAAGAGUAGCAUCACUUGCUAGCGUCAGCAGCAGCAGUUACACCGCUCCAAAGUGUGUCCACUAUGGCGACGGCGGCUGCUUGUCAACCACGACGUGCCUUGGUGGAAAUACCUGCUCCACAGCCCAAAAUUGAGGGUAGGUCUCAAAUGGUCCCACUUUGAUUUGAAAGGCGUUGAAAGGGCCCCGCGUUGCAAGCAAGUUAGCUGGUAUGAGGAGGUCCUACCUGGAUAUCUUACGCUCCCGUUCGCCUCCAUCUCCAACCCCGAGGGAGAAAAACACUUCCACGUCCAACACCGGCCCGGCUCAGUCACUGGAUUUUGCCAUUGAUGGCGAAUGGAGUGGGAACGUCGCCCAGUGUAAGAAGAUGGAUGAAAGCCAAGCACCCAUGUCUGAGCGGCAGCUCGUCCAAUUUAUCAGAUCCCUCAUCUUGGUCGAGCAGCGCCAAGAAACCAGGUUUCUGACCUCAGGUCUGAAGUAUCUUCAAGAUGAUUUACAACUCAAGAAGACGAAUGUUUAUAGGUCCAUUCCGUACUCCCGCUUUGGCUCCAACAGGGAUGCUCACUGCUACAGAAAGGCAUACCCCCACCUAGUUGCGUUCAAAGUUACAUGUCAGGAGUGGGGCCAAGUUCUUCUGCAGAACAAAGAGUGGGAUGCUGUGUUAGAACACACCCUCUUGGCGUGGCGUUAUACCAGCGAACUGCCACAGUGGGACAUGGCAAGCCACAAUACUCUGCGAGACCGGUGUUACAGCAUUAUGGCAACGCACAGCCUCACUGCGCUCCAGCACCACUGUCCAGGACUAAGAAGAGGACAUGAGCUGCUAAGGAGGAUGAAGAUGGCUCAGCUGCACAGCCAGUCAAUUGUACCUUGUAUUCAUGAGCUGCAGAGGAUUAUGGGAUGCGAUGACAACUCCAUGGACUUACAAUUACUUGAAGACUGACAGAAUGACUGAUUUUGAUGAUGAUUUUUGAUGAAAAUUGUUUGGGGUUUUUUGGAAAAAAUAUCCAAAUCGAAAAUAUGGAUUGCCACAAUACUACAUCACUGUUACAUAAUUUGACAUUUGCCAAAACUACCCUGAAAUUCCUCAAAAGUAUUUCCCGCAGUGUUUUCUUUUUAGAGCAUCACUUAGGGCAUUGCGAUGUGGUUGAAUAAAUGCAAUAGAAUAUGUUUUUUAUAACUUUGCAUUGGCCAUUUUAGAAGUACAGUGUACUCAUUUUGUAUGUGUGAUAUAUAAGUGUCCAUUCGUGUUUGUUGUGUUACUGAUUGCACUGGUGCUGUUCAACCUGGAAACUUGAAAAAUAAGAGUAUUUAAAUAAAGUUAUUUUCUCCUG